UUGACAAUUUGCUCAUUUCUUUACAACUCAGAAUGUUGAAAGGAAUGUACCAUCUUGGUGUACUGAGCACUAAAUGCCAACCGCUGGUGUUUUCAUGCAAUGUAUCAUUUAGUUUGAUCCAGGCACUUUGUGGGUGAACAUGGAAUGGUUAGACCACAAUAAAAUAAAGAGGUUCGUGACUUGUUUCGGAAGUGGAGGGAGGAGAAUGAAAGAAACAGUCGUGAGAUAGUUGAUUUGUGGGAAACUGUUCUGAUGAAGAAAGUUCAUAAACUAGGUGACGAAAGGUUGCUGGUCCUUGAGCAGGUCUGUGUUGCAGCCUUGGACUGUAACAGACUGGAUGUCGCAGACAGAUGUGUGCACACACUUUCUACAGAAUUUCCUACUAGCUUAAGAGUCCGACGUCUUAGAGUUCUUCAGUUGGAAGCAAUGGAACGGUAUGAUGAAGCACUAGAGUUGUUGGAUUCAAUAAUCAAGAGAGAUGAAACUAAUGCAGCACCUCGAAAAAGGCGUGUAGCAAUUUUUAAAGCAAGGGGCAAAAUUCCAGAAGCUAUUAAAGAAUUGACAGACUAUCUGAAAAAGUUUAUGAGUGACCAAGAAGGCUGGCAAGAACUUUGUGAGCUCUACCUAAUGGAACAAGAUUUAGCUCGUGCAGCUUUCUGUAUGGAAGAAUUGUUACUGCACAAUCCACAUUCUCAUUUAAUACAUCAGCGUUAUGCAGAAAUAAAGUAUACACAGGGAGGAUUUGAAAAUAUGGAACUUGCACGUGCACAUUACUGUGAAGCCAUCAAGUUGAAUCCAAAUAACAUGAGAGCUUUGUAUGGAUUAUUUUUGGCAGCAACCAAUAUAGGUUUGUCGCCUAAAUGCACAUCAACAAAGAAGAAGGAAGCACAGAAAUUAGCAAAGUGGGCUCUCCAUGAAAUUGCUCUCAGGUAUGAGAGGCAGAGUAGGAAUAAAAAACAGGUAGCAUCCCUGGAAUCCCUUGUUAGUUCAUUGCAAAUUUCUGGAACAUCAUAAAAUUUGAAAGUUCAGUGCUUUACUUUUACUUAAGUUUAUUGUUGUAAGGUCUCUAGUAUUUUAAAAAUGAUGUCUUUACACACUGUUAUUUGUGAACUUUGAAAUUGUUAAUAAAUGUGUAUAAUUUUUUAAGUUAAUAGUGAAUUGUAUAUGUAGUGAUGGAAACUAUAAACAAUGUUGCAGUUGUGGAAUCUUGAUCUUUGGCAAAAUUAAAAUCAUUUUCUAUUAUUA